AUGGACUCUGAAUAUAUCCGACUGGCAGACACCAUCCGCCAACAAGCCCAGCAGCAUUCAAAGCCCCGCUACCUCGUCGCCAUCGCCGGCAUACCGGGCUCUGGCAAAACCACCACGGCCCAAGCAGUGGUCCAGCAACUAAACAAAGACCGAACAAUUCACGCAGCCCUCCUGUCGAUGGACGGCUUUCACCUUCCCCGGUCCGUACUCGACCAACUCCCCAACGCCAAAGAAGCCCACAUCCGCCGCGGCGCACCCUGGACCUUCGACAUCCCCCGCUUCGUAACGUUCGUGCAAGAUCUCCGCCGCUGGUCCGACAAAACACCACUCGCAACGCCCUCGUCCGGACCCUGGUCCUCCACAGAAAUCAUCCAAGCACCCGCCUUCGACCACGAAGCCAAAGACCCCGUCGAAAACGGGAUAUCCAUCACGCCAGACGCAAAUAUCAUCAUCGUCGAGGGCAAUUAUCUCCUCCUCGACGAGCCUGGAUGGCGCGAUCUUGCCGAUUUGGUAGAUUAUCGAGUCUUCGUUGAUACGGAUUUGGAAGAAGCGCGGGAGCGGACGGCCAAGAGACACGUUCUUGCUGGCAUUGAGAAGACGUUGGAGGAUGGGUAUCGGAGGGUUGAUACUAAUGAUUAUUUAAACGGGGUUUCAAUUCGGGAGAAGUUGAUAGGACCGGAUUUGGUGGUCAAGAGUGUUAGUGUUAAUAUGUAG